UGUUCAUUUUUGUGGUGUAGAUACUACGGAUGUCCGAUAAUAUCGGGCCUCAGAUAUUAUCGGCCGAUAUUAGCAUAAAAAUGUGAUAUUGGUGAAUCUCGGUAUUGGGUUUUUUCCCAGUAAUGAAAACCGAUUAAAAAUAAAUAAAUAAAAAUUGAAUGCUGUAUAGAUGGACAUUUUAAUGUUCACAUGGCCAGGAUGACGCCACAGUUUAUUUACAUACAGUGCAAGCCCACCUUCUUUUCGCUUUUUACAGGCUCUUGUCUUCCUGUCCGUUCUGACUGCCCUGAAGUCGGCGAGCUCCCCACGUUAGCAUUUGGGACGCUAGCUGUUAGCUAUACAGUGAAGCACAAAUGAGCUGCACUCCCUGAAGGUCUUGACAUUCUUGCCAGCUUGUCGAUCUUGCUUGGUAGUGAGUUCACGUUUCCUAUGAUAACAGAAGGUAUCGAAGGCUUGAAUCUUGACUUCCUUGCUAGUCGCGUGACUUUCAUCUUACCCCCGGCUCUGCCGCCUCAAUAUCAAUGCUUAGACAGGGAAUCACACCGAUGCGGGACGUUGCUGUCAUGGCACGUAAAAAUGCUCUUGAAUAAACAAACAGAGCUGCUUGAAAGGCAGCCACUCGUGGCGGCUGUGUUAAUUCCACAGUAGGAGAUAUGUUACAAAUAUCGUGAAUUGAGAGGUGGACAAUAUCGGGGGGGGGGGGAAAGGUAGAUCUCCAAGAGAAAUUCACAUUUCCACCAGCUCUGCAAAAAUAUCAUAAUGAACUUAAUCACAAAAUAAAACAACCAAGGCAAGACAUGAGAGAUAAGGAAAAUAGAAUAAGAAUAAAUAAAUACAGAACAGAUCAUGUCAAGUUUGUAGUGCAAUAAUACAUAAAUAAUAAUGAUACAUAAAACGGUAAUAGGUCCAGUCCUGACCAGUCCAGUCCUUUUACAACAGGAGAUAUGUGACGUUACACAUAUCGGUAUUGGUUGAUAUCGGAAUAGGAAAUUUGGUUGGAAAGUUGGACAAUAUCGGUAUGGGCAAAAAUGCCCAUCACACAGUGGCUAACUUGCUUGACUAUGUCCAAUGAUGUUCUGCUGUUGUCUAUUGAGUUAGUUCUCAUACAUCUGCAGUUUAGAAAAAUCAAAGAAGUAAGCUACAUGCCUUGUAUAUGGCAGAAAUGUUUCAUCAUCAGUAGAGGUAAUUGCAUCAAUCAUUCUGAAUACUCAUUCUUCUCUUUUUAAAUCUGCGCUAGUCUGUAGUUGUUGUCACUAAUUAAGAACAAGAUCGUACCUAAAACAUUACUGUAGAUGUUUUUUUUGAUAGGUCCUAUACUACUUGUCAAGAUUUUUAUCAAAUAGUCCCGCAUAUCAUGCUAGGUUAGCCUGUUCACUGAAGAAGAAGUAAAGCUGCAGGCUUUACUUUAAGAUGUGUAGCAAAGCCUGCUUUUUUUUUUACCAAGCUGUUCUACAUGAAGUGGUGGGCGUAUACACAGGACGGGCUCAAAAUGAGGCCACAGUCUAAUCCAGCUUCUGUGAAGACAAUUCAUAAUGUGACUUUGUUGUGUGUAUGGCCUUCACAUGUCUGUAUGCACUCCCUACACUGUCUGGGCAUGCUCUUGAUGAAUUGGUGGAUGUUCUCCUGGGGGAUCUUUUUUCAAGUCCUGGAUUAUGGCAACAGUAACGCCUACCCAGACCACCACUGCGUCACUGCUACCUACAUUAGUCUUACCAUCAUGUGCGACCCACCCUCUCGACAUUGGCUCUGUCCCUGGUCCAUCUGUUUUUCUGUCACUUUCUGUAACUUUGAAGGACUUUUGCUAUGAAGAACCCCAUUGAGUUUGAAUGAUAAUGCAAGACACUUGAGGUAGCUGAGGGCCUCAGCUCGUGUUGCUACAUGUUUGUGUCACAUAUGUUACAAUUGUUUGCUGAGCUUUCCGCUGAGUACCUGUCUUCUGCUCCACUACAAGUGAUUUUGGUAAGAUUGAUCUCCUUUUAUUCCAGGAUGUGCACAAUCCUAACAAUGUCAAUCAUCUUUUGCUACAACACUCCUUUUACAAAGAAAGGUAAUGAUAAUGCUCCAUUUUGAUCGACCAAAUUUAAGACAGCUCUCAGUACCUCAGGGACUGGAUCUCAUGAGAUGAGGGGUCUUCAACCUUCAUCACUCACACAGCAACUUCACAAAAAGAAAGGAGAGGUGAGCUAUUUGUGUUUUAUUUUAUGACUAGUGUAACUGGCCUGGUCCAGCCAGUCCCGUGUUCUUCCCAGGUUCAAAUUAGGGUCAGCUGAAUGAGAGUCAGGAGCGCUAGCCAUCGAGCAAAAAGCCUGGGCUGUCAACUCAAUGUCUAGCACGACUCCUAAGGCGUGAGGGAGUGAGGUUUACCAACUGUGGCACAGUUGCACCAGCUGGCAUCUGUUACAAUGCUGGGUCCGGGUCACGGGGGCAGCAGUCUGAGUAGGGAAGACCAGACCUCGCGGUCUCCGGCCACCUCUUUGAGUUCCACCAGGAGGACACCAAGGCAUUCACAGGCCAGCUGUGAGACAUAAUCCCUCCAGAGUGUCCUAGGUCUGCUCCGGGGCCUCCUCCCGACUGCGCAUGCCCACAACACCUGAACAGGGAGGCCUCCGGCUGGCUCCUCUCGAUGUGAAGGAGCAACGGUUCUACUCUGAGCCGCUCCUGGAUGACCAAGCUUCUCACUCUAUCUCUUGGGCUCAUGACCAUACAGGCGAUGGAGGGAACAUACACACAUCCAGCUCUGCUCUCUCUUCACCACGACGGUCCAGUACAGCGCUGCGCCGAUCCGCCAGUCGACCUGAUGCUCCAACCUUCACUCACUCGUGAACAAGACCCCGAGAUACUUGAAUUCCUCCACUUGGGAUUUGGAGGCGUUGAGUCCCAUCCCAGAAGCUUCACACUCAGCUGCAAACCUCCCCAGUAAACACGAAAGGUUGAUAAGGUCAUUGGGACCACAUCGCCUGCAAUUAGCAGAGACGAGAUCCUAAGGCCCUCAAACUCGAUCCUGUCGACGCCUUGGCUGUGCCAAGAAAUGUGAUCCCCGUAUAGUUGGAACACACCCUUCGGUCACCCUUCUUGAAAAGGGGGACCACAACCCCCGUCUGCCAAUCCAGGGGUACUGUUCCUGACUUCCACGCAAUGUUGAAAAGACGUGUCAGUCAAGACAGUCCCUCAACAUCCAGAGAAUUCGGGGCGAAACUCAUCCACCCCCGGAGUUUUGCCACCGAGGAGUGUUAUGAUUACCCCAGAUACCUCAGCCUCAGUCUGCGUUCAUGUCCUCCGACUAUGCUCCCUCUAUGGAAGGUAUGUCAGUGGGAUUGAGAAGGAUUGAGAACUCAUUUAUUUCAUUAAUUACAUUAAAACUUUUUAGCCUAAUUAACGCAUGAGCAUCAUGCUAAGCCACCCCUAUGUUAUCACAGCAGACGGAGGCGCAGUGUAACGCCCCCACACAGUGACACAAAGUCUGACACUCUUUUUAAACUUUAUUCUGACUGGAACACAUCAACAGAAGUACAAUUCCAUCAUAGUAGAAUUGGAAAUCACUAGUAUAGACAUCAAUUUUCCAAACUUUUCAUUUAUUUUUGAGAGAACCACCUCAUGUGCAGUUAAGACAACAUGUUUGUAUUGUUUCAUGGGUAUUGGUCAAUGUUUUUCAGCAACAUAAGAUUGGAACAUUGAAGGUGUAUGGAAUUGGCAGGUCAGGCUUCUUAGUAAUCAGUUGUAGGUGCACCCUACUUUUAUUUAUUUAUUUAUUUUUACCUCAACACUAAUGACUUUUUUUUGAACAAACUAGACUUAGUAAGUACGUAGAGGAGCCUUUUUGAUGCUCACACCACAUACAGUAUGUAGGUCAAUUUUACUGCAAGCAUCACAUGCUGAAACAUAUUGCCAUGCUUCAAUGUACAGCACAGUCUUGAGUGUCUCAGACGUAUAUGCACAAAUAAUGUGCUCACAUUUUUUUGUAAAGUAAAAGCUGUCAACAAAGAGAGUGAUCGGGACCAUUAUUGUGUGCAGAACAAGUUUGAAGAUGAAGAAUAUUUAAUCUAAAAAGAAGCAAGUAACUGGAUUAAAGCAUGAAUAUUCUGACAUGCUCAUCCUUUAUUUUUUCCCUAAACUGCUUGCUCAUCAUCACCAUGAAACCUGAUGAUGUCAGCAAGCAAGGAGGAGUCCCCAGUCUCAAUGUCACUGGAGUCCAACACCAGGACCAAAUCACUUCUCCACUCUCUCCCUGUACCAAAACACUCGCGUCAUGCUGGUCCUGGUGCUGUAAAAUCUGUACAAGCUUUGCCACAAGAGACGGAACAGGCACCUUCAUCGUGCCGAACAAAGAACAUGAUUUGGGAUCAAUACUUUUUCUGGAUGUUGGUGUUAGAAAGCUUGCAUCCCUAAAGAAGCAGCCGAAGAGACGCACUUUCGCCGCUGACCACUGGAGCUAUGGAGUUUUCCAACAGUUCCCAGGGUAACCACUUCAUACACGACUAUUUUGGAGAUAUUACGCAGGACAAUGAAACCAACACAAGCUCCAUAGAGUGCCUCCAGCUGCAGAUCCCACAGGAGCUCUUCCUGUCACUUGGCCUCAUCAGCCUGCUGGAGAACAUUUUGGUGGUGGUGGCCAUCAUUAAGAACCGCAACCUGCACUCACCCAUGUACUACUUCAUCUGCUGCCUCGCCGUGUCCGACAUGCUGGUGAGUGUCAGUAAUGUGGUGGAGACCAUCGUCAUGCUGCUGCACGACCACGGCUUGAUGGACGUGCAACCGGGUAUGCUGCGUCACCUGGACAACAUCAUCGACGUGAUGAUCUGCAGCUCGGUGGUGUCAUCGCUCUCCUUCCUGAGCACCAUCGCGGCAGACCGCUACAUCACCAUCUUCUAUGCGCUGCGCUACCACAGCAUCAUGACCAAACAGCGGGCCGUGACCAUCAUCGCUGCCGUUUGGCUGGCCAGCAUCACCUGCAGCAUCUUCUUCAUUGUCUACCACACAGACAACGCUGUCAUCGUGUGCCUGGUGACCUUCUUCUGCUCCAGCCUGGUCUUCAACGCCGUGCUCUACCUGCACAUGUUCCUGCUGGCGCACAUGCACUCACGCAGCAUCGCCGCCAACUUCCCCAAGAAGAGGCGCCCAUCCACCAACAUGAAGGGCGGCAUCACGAUCACCAUCCUGCUGGGCGUCUUCAUCGUGUGCUGGGGACCUUUCUUCCUGCACCUCAUCCUCAUCCUAACCUGCCCCACAAGCCCCUUCUGCAAUUGCUUCUUCCGGAACUUUAACCUCUUCCUCAUCCUGAUCAUCUGUAACUCUCUCAUAGACCCGCUCAUCUACGCCUACAGGAGCCAGGAGCUGCGCAAAACACUGCAGGAGCUGCUCCUGUGCUCCUGCUUCUUUGGCAUCUGACCAACAACUGACUUUACUUCAAGAUUUAAAUUUGUUCCAAAUAAUAUGCAUUUUUGUUUGUUGAAAGUUGCUCCAACAUGAAAUUUAACCAACAAUAUCAACUGUGUGAAACAAAUAUGAAGUGUAAUGACGUCAUAUGAGCGCGACGGCCUGAAAAUGACCAAAUACAAUAAGAGAAUUGCAGCAAACGAGCUGCAUUCCAAUGGCAGCGUGAGUUGCCCACGUUGACUUCCCCUAGGCCACACGCGUCAAAGGAGGGUGGAGACACUGCAGGAUUUCUCUUCAACCAGUUUCUCCAGCAGGUGAUUUAAUUGAUGAGCUCCUUCCCCCAAAUUGAAGGAGGUGUUGAUCAUUAAAAUCACCUGCUUUAAUGACUGGCUGGAAAGAAGACCUGCAAUGUCUCGGCCCUCCAUGGCACGAGUUUGACACCCCUGCCCCUAGGCACUUUCCCUCGGGGGGGAAUCGCCAUCAUAAGUGUCGUUCCAUUCCUCCAAAAAGCUGAAGUUAACUUGGUGAGAUCUACCCUUGGAGGGCUGAGGGAGUGAGUCAACAUCGAUGGUCGCUCGAGAGUUUAUAUUACCCACAAUGCAUUGCAGUGGAGCAAAAACAUCCAUGAGGUGGCAAUAAUGCACGUCAAGCACCGGUUGUCUGGAAGAAGAAAAUGCAUAAAAUGAGCAAGGUAAUUAUUGUAUUUGACUACCUUUGCAGUGGCAACGUGUCAGAAACAAACCCAUAAUGACAGUACAUAAUUACAGUAAAAAAAUAAGUAUUUUUAAACAAUAACACUAAAUUGUUGAAACUAACUGAAACUAAAACUGUUGAAACCAGCUAAAACUAAAUAGAAUUUUUUUUAGUUGGUUUUCAAAGUUGGAUACUUGUAUAUUUACCAUCUUUUCUUUUUUUGUAAGAUUUAACUAAACUCACUUUCCAAUAAAGUACACAAAAAUACAGUAUUUACUGGGGAACUAAUGAAGAACUAAUGAGGAACUAAUGACUAAGGCACAUACAUUUAUAGUAGUUACUGAGGAACUAAUGAACUAAUGAAGAACUAAUGAGUAGUUACUGAUGAACUAAUGAGUAGAGUGGUUACUGAGGAACUAAUGAGGAACUAAUGAGUAGAGUAGUUACUGAGGAACUAAUGAGUAGUUACUGAAAAACUAAUGAACUAAUGAGGAACUAAUGAGUAGAGUAGUUACUGAGGAGCUAAUGAGUAGAGUAGUUACUGAGGAACUAAUGAGGAACUAAUGAGUAGUUACUGAGGAACUAAUGAGUAGAGUAGUUACUGAGGAACUAAUUAGGAACUAAUGAGUAGAGUAGUUCCUGAGGAACUAAUGAGGAACUAAUGAAGAACUAAUGAGGAAGUAAUGAGUAGUGGUUGGUAGGGUCAUUCCACAUUAACUACUGUAAUUCUGUGUACCUUGUUCCCCUAAACGGAAUGAUUACAUUUUACAAAAAAAGAAAACAAGGUAAUAUACAAAUAGGGUUUAAUAACAAAAAACAUGAAAUAAUAAUAAUAAUCGUCAGGUAUUUAUCAUUAUUCGUAAGAAGCCAGAGUGUCUUCCACAUCCAUCGGCUCUGCAAGCGGCCUUCGCAUGACGUCAGCAAUGAUGUCAUACCGAGUGCCCAGGGGAAGUCAAUGGGGGCAACUCAAACUGCGAUUGGAAUGCAGCCAUGGUCCUGUGUUUGUUGCUAACGUUACUGUAUCUGUAACCAUAAAAAUGAGAAUUCUUCACGGAAGUUCCAAAUUUCUUUCGACUAAUUGGAGCACAGGGGCAUAUGAAGCUGCACCCUACUGUAGUUUGUAAAAUCACGUGAAACCAUCCAUCCCAUCCAUUUUCCAUGCCGCUUCUCCUCAUUAGGGUCACGGGGGUAUGCUGGAGCCUAUCCCAGCUGACCUCGGGCGGCAGGCGGGGUACACCCUGGACUGGUCGGCAGCCAAUCGCAGGGCACAUAUAGACAAAACAUUCACUCUCACAUUCAUACCUAUGGACAAUUUAGAGUCGCCAAUGAACCUAACAUGCAUGUUUUUGGAAUGUGGGAGUACCCGGAGAAAACCCUCGCACGCACGGGGUGAACAUGCAACCUCCACUCAGAAAUGCCCAACGGAGAUCAUCAAUAGGAAAUGUUUCCUCUUGUGUGUGUGUGUAUGGUGCCAUAAUGGAGAGAGUACCAAACUCAGCUAAGACUGUUAAAAAUUGCUGACCGUGAAUAACUGUGUGAUAUUUUGGUCGUGUCUUUUUCUGUGCCUGACUUUAUGGAUUUCAACGUCCACGCAUGCAUUGAGACUGUUGCACAUGUUCAUGCACUGGGACUGGUAGCACAUGACUCUUCUGCAGAGAGCCUACAGCUUAUUGUUCAUAAUAAAUAUGCUCUUUUGUUUUCUAGCUCAUUGUAACUAAACGAUGUCAAAAUAUGUUGCGUCAGUAAAUCACAUCUAAUAGUCUGGAGUGCUCAUAAAAUUAUUGUUAUACUUAAUUCACAAAAUGAAAAUCAGAAGUUGAAGUGGAAUUACGUUAGAUUAUGUUGAAAAACAAUGACUGCAAUUUUUCAUAAAUUGACUACAUUUCAAGUGCUGCAGUAUUUUCUUUGCACGUCUACAAACGUUUUUCUGAAGAUUCAAAAUUAGACUUCCUUUCUUCUUCCAUGUUUCGCUUAACUGACGUGCUGGAAAAAAAUGUGACAAAAUCUACGUCAUAUCGUUUUAUUUGUAUUAUGUCCAUUGAGCUGUAUAUCUUUUGAGUUUCCACAUAUGUGAUUAAGCAGAAAAAGUGUUUCACUUGGGCUUUUUGUCAAAAGAAGAUGAUGGGAGUAUCCAGAAUGUUGAGUUUUUCUAUGAAAAAUGAAUGUAAGUGCACAAAGAAGAAUGCCAUGACUUCAGUAGUGGGUAUUUAUCAUUUUUACCGUUAUAGCAUCAAGCAUUUGCUGCUCAGUAUUAAACUGUGCGGUGCACCCGGAGUUUGUCCUUAAAUGCUACCAAGUACACCUGAUGCACUAGGUGUGUAAAUGCUGUGAUUAUACUUGUAAUUUACUUCAGUGUAUACAUCCCUCAAGUCUAUGUAAAAACUGAAACUACUGCAAUCCAAUAAUGCAUUGAAUGUCACGUA